UGCACUCAAUAUGUAUAGUUGUGAAAGGUGAUAUAUAUGUAUGCAAAUCCAACUCCAGCUAGUUAUUGUCGAUCCCUUCAUUGCGUACUGCCUAAUUGAACAACACAUAUAUAUCAAUUCAAUUUGAAAACCUUAGGAGACACUGAGUGAACUUCGAAACACACAUACAAUCCGUCAGUAAAUGUGAAAUCACUCGAAUACUAUUUUGCAAUCAAAAGAUGAGUUUGAUGACGCUGUGGAAAGCUUGUAGAGAUCUAGAUAGAAACAGUUUAAACACCCUCACCCAAAAUUGAGUCAAUUCAAUCGAGAAACAUACAUGCCAUGUCGACAAUCCAUACCUUCCAAGCUUCGAAAACCAAAGCCAUCCUAACCCUCUUGCAAGGAUGCAACACCCUCAAAAGGCUCAGAAAAAUCCACGCCCACGUCAUCACCAACGGUCUUCAACACCACCCUUCCAUUUGCAGCAAGCUCCUCAACUUCUGCGCCGUCUCCGUCUCAGGCAGCUUACCCUACGCUCAGCUGCUCUUCCAUUAUCACAUCCCAAACCCACAAACCCAAGACUGGAAUUCCAUGAUCAGAGGCUUCUCCCAAAGCCCAUCUCCUCUUCAAGCCAUUUCUUACUACAACCACAUGCUUUCGUCCUCCUCCGCUUCCGAUUCCCCACCCGACACGUUUAGCUUCUCGUUUGUGCUCAAGGCUUGCGAGAGAGUCAGGGCAGAGAGCAAGUGCCGAGAGGUUCAUGGAGUUGUGGUUCGCCAUGGUUAUGAUAUGGACGUUGUUGUUUGCACCAAUUUGAUGAAGUCUUAUGCUGGCAAUGGGUCAGUCGACAAUGCACGGAGAGUGUUCGACGAAAUGUCUGAGAGAGACUUGGUGUGUUGGAAUUCCAUGAUCUCGUGCUACUCUCAAGCGGGUCUUCACCAUGAGGCGUUGAAUAUAUUUAGUCUUAUGAGAAAUCAAAAUGUGGGUCUUGAUGGGUUCACUCUUGUUGGGUUGCUUUCGUCUUGUGCUCACUUGGGUGCGUUGAACACCGGAGUCACAAUGCAUGAACUUGCUCGUCAGAAGGGGUUUUUGGGAAGUGUUUAUGUUGGCAAUGCGCUUAUAGAUAUGUACGCAAAAUGUGGUGACUUGGAUGGUGCUCUUUGUGUCUUUGAGAGAAUGAGAAAGCGGGAUGCUUUUACGUGGAACUCCAUGAUUGUUGGGUAUGGAGUACAUGGUCGAGGGGACGAAGCAAUCUAUUUUUUUGAGAAGAUGAUGAUGGCAGGUGUGCAGCCGAAUUCCAUCACAUUUCUCGGUUUGUUAUGUGGGUGUAGUCACCAAGGAUUAGUAGAGAAGGGUGUUGAUUACUUCCAUAUGAUGAGCUCCAAGUUCAAUAUCAAACCUGGAAUUAAGCACUAUGGGUGUCUGGUGGAUCUGUUUGGUCGAGCUGGGAAGCUCGAGAAGGCGCUUCAUGUUAUUAGGGCAUCACAUGCACAGGAUGAUCCAGUUCUAUGGCGGACUCUGCUCAGCUCUUGCAAGAUUCAUAAAAACGUGGAAAUAGGAGAAGUUGCCUUGAAGAAUCUAAUCCGUUUAGGGUCAUCAAAUGCAGGGGACUACGUACUUCUUGCCACUAUUUAUUUUAGGGCGAAAGAUGCAGAUGGUGUUUCAAGGAUGAGAAAAUUGAUUAAAAACCAGGGAGUGAGGACCGCUCCUGGUUGGAGCUGGAUUGAAGUUGGCGAUCAGGUUCACAAAUUUGUAGUGGAUGACAAGUCACAUCCAGAUACUGAAGAAAUCUAUCGAAAAUUGGAGGUAGUAGUCCAACGAGCUGCUCUACAUGGUUAUCUGCAAGAGGAAUCUCUUAUCAGAGCCUGUGAAUUUACCUCCAUAGACACCAACUGUUCGGGAACUUCAGGUUCAUGUCACAGUGAGAAGCUGGCAAUUACUUUUGGCUUGGCAAGAACUCCAGAAGGAACAUGUUUACGGAUAGUAAAAAACCUGAGAGUUUGUAGAGAUUGCCAUUCAUUUACAAAAUUUGUUUCCCAAGCAUUUAAUCGAGAAAUAAUUGUUAGGGACCGAGUUCGGUUUCAUCACUUCAAGGGUGGAUUGUGUAGUUGUAAAGACUAUUGUAAGAAAGCUGUCCAUGAUAUCUCCGUUUUUGGUUUUUGAUUUAGUUACGAUUUUGUAUUCUUCUUGAACAAUGGUUCUAAUCCUGAACAGCCUCGUCGAAUCCUCUUCCCUAAUGAUCUUUUCAAUCUUUGGCCCCAAUUUACCAAAAAGAGAAGUCAUUUUGUACAUUCAACAAGAAAGUAACAGGAGCUUCUUCAAUGACAGCGCAAAAUGAUCCUACUUGGAUCAGGGGCAUA